GUUUUGGUGUCAGAUGAGACUACAUACAGUAAUCUGAAUUUCAAAGUUUAGGCUUGCUGAGAAUGAUUAAAUUCAUUACUGUUCAUUCACUAUUUAUUUACUUAUUCAUUCAUUCAUUCAUUCAUUCAUUCACAAUGCAGAUAUAUUUAUCUUGCUCCAUUGCAAUUGAUAGAUACUAUUUUAUUUGCAGCAUUAAUAUUGAUUUUAAAGGUUAUAACCCUAUAAACAAAUGAGAAAUUGUACUAAGGAAAGGACAUUAAUGUUGUACACUAAGGAAUUUUUGUAAUGAUAUUUACUGUAAAGAUCUCUGUCUUUGGUACUAAAUAAAUAUGAUGGGAUGAGGGAGGGAUUUCUGAUUAAAGGAAUAGGAUUUAGCAGAGGGAGGGUAUAAUCUUUGAAAAUUUUCUUAUUUGGCAAUUUUAACCCCAGUAUCAAGAGAAAGAGAGGGUAUUAAGAGAGUCAACUUAGGAGGUAGGACUAAGUGACUACAUAUUUAGGAAAGAGUAGAAAUAUAAGGGCUGUACUGGAGAGAUCCCGUUAAUGGAGUAAUGCAAACCUUUAGGUAAGUUUGUAACUCUUCCUUGAAAUAGGAAUAUCAAUUUUUCUUGAGUUUUUUUGAGUCAUUUAUUCAUUCAACAAGUAUUUAUGGAGCCCCUACAGUUUUCCCUGUAUUUUGCUGGGGUCUGGCAACAUAUAGCUGUUAAAAGACAGGAUCCCAAGACCCAGCAGUUGCUCGCUCCCUUGCUCCCUUUGUGUGGUACCUGCUUCCAGUGGCCCUGAAGGUUUGUGGGCCAGGGGUGGCCCCAUAUAUUAGGAAGUGAAGGGGGAGCAGGUGUUCAGGUCUAACUGCUUGGCGGCACACUUGCAGUGAGCCUUGGAAUGAGGAGGAAACUGCAAGGAUAGACCCAGGAGCAAUGGCAUCCAAAGAGAAACAAGCGGUGAAAAAUCUCAACAUGGAAAAUGCCCAGCAGGAAAAUGAAAGAGAACAGGGCCCUGUGCAGAAUGGAGAGGAAUCACUCAAUUUGAGAGGGAGUGAAAGCCAGAAGCCUGGAGGAAAUGUCAGGCUGGGGCCAAUGAGAUGACUUGUCCCUAAUUUUCAGUGGAACAUACCUAACAGGCAUAUUGAUCACAAUCAAGAGGGAGAUGAUGUAGAAAAGUUCAUAGAGCAGAUGAUGGAAAUCAAGAGAAAGACUAAGGAGCAGCAAAUGAGGCAUCAUAAGUGCUUCCAAACUCCUGAACCUGAUAAUCAUUAUGACUUUUGCCUUAAUACCUUGAAUCCUAAGUUUUUCACUGAGGUUAAUAAUGUGGCCUCUGCUCUACAAGCUUGUAGUCUUGUGAUUUCAUUUUUCUGUAAACCUUUUGAUGUUUCUACUUACCAAUUUAUAAUUAAAUAUUGUUUUGUCUCAGUAUAAAACUUUCUGUCCAGUAGGGCAAUUUCACUUAA